GGUGGGGAGAAAUCCAAGGACGUGAUGGCUGAGGGAGAGAAUGAAGUUAGGUGGGAUGGAUUGUGCAGCCGAGAUUCAGCUACCAGAGACACAGCGCUGGAAAACAUUAAACAAGCAAUCUUGAGGAAAGCUGAGCCUCUUCGUUCUGUGAAAGAGCCGCCUUAUCGUUCAUCUGAGCACCUUUUAAAUGCUGUCUCUUGGGAUGGGUUCAAUAAAAUCCUCGCUCGCCUGCUCAUGCUUUCCAAGCGGUGUCCCUUUAAAGAUGUAAGAGAGAAAAGUCAAUCUAUUUUGAAGUGUGUCCAGGAACUUGGAAUUAGAAUUCCUCGACCACUAGGACAUGGACCAAGCAGAUUCAUCCCAGAGAAGGAGAUUCUUCAAGUGGGUAAUGAAGAUGCCCAGAUGCACACUUUAUUUGCAGAUUCAUUUGCUGCUUUGGGUCGUUUGGAUAACAUUACCUUAGUGAUGGUUUUUCAUCCACAGUAUCUAGAAAGUUUCUUAAAAACCCAACACUAUCUACUACAGAUGGAUGGGCCACUCCCACUUCAUUACCGACACUACAUUGGAAUAAUGGCUGCAGCAAGACACCAGUGCUCCUACCUAGUGAACCUCCAUGUAAAUGAUUUUCUCCAUGUUGGAGGAGACCCCAAAUGGCUCAAUGGUCUAGAGAAUGCUCCUCAAAAACUGCAAAAUUUGGGAGAACUAAACAAAGUGUUAGCCCAUAGACCUUGGCUUAUUACCAAAGAACAUAUUGAGCAACUUUUGAAGGCUGAAGAGCAUAGUUGGUCCCUUGCUGAAUUGGUACAUGCAGUAGUUCUACUCACACACUAUCAUUCUCUUGCCUCUUUCACAUUUGGUUGUGGAAUCAGUCCGGAAAUUCAUUGUGAUGGUGGCCACACCUUUCGACCUCCUUCUGUCAGUAACUACUGCAUCUGUGAUAUUACAAAUGGCAAUCACAGUAUGGAGGAGAUGCAUGUUGCAGGAAGUGUUUCAAUAACUGAUUCUUUUUGUGAGGUUGAAGCCCUCAUGGAGAAAAUGAAACAGUUACAAGAGUGUCGUGAUGAAGAAGAAGCAAGUCAGGAAGAGAUGGCUUCACGUUUUGAGAUUGAAAAAAGAGAGAGCAUGUUUGUUUUUUCAUCAGACGAUGAAGAAGUUGCACCAGCAAGAGAUGUAUCGCGACACUUUGAAGACACUAGUUAUGGUUAUAAAGAUUUCUCUAGACAUGGGAUGCAUGUGCCAACAUUUCGAGUUCAGGACUAUUGCUGGGAAGACCAUGGUUACUCUUUGGUUAAUCGUCUUUAUCCAGAUGUGGGACAGUUGAUUGAUGAAAAAUUUCACAUUGCUUACAAUCUGACAUAUAAUACAAUGGCAAUGCAUAAAGAUGUAGACACGUCAAUGCUUAGGCGUGCAAUUUGGAACUAUAUUCACUGCAUGUUUGGAAUAAGGUAUGAUGACUAUGACUAUGGGGAAAUUAAUCAGCUUUUGGAUCGUAGCUUUAAAGUUUAUAUCAAAACUGUAGUCUGCACUCCUGAGAAGGCCACAAAAAGAAUGUAUGAUAGCUUCUGGAGGCAAUUCAAGCACUCUGAGAAGGUUCAUGUUAAUUUGCUUCUUAUAGAAGCUCGGAUGCAAGCUGAACUACUUUAUGCUCUGAGAGCCAUUACCCGCUAUAUGACCUGAUGUCUUUACUCAGUUCAAAAAGUUGAUGGAAUGAUCAGAAGAUGGUGUCUACAAGGGAGGGAGGAAUGGAGCCCCAGGACCAAUGGUAGAUCCAGCAUUCACACCUCCAUUGUGCCAUGAUUCCUUUAGUUUCUGCUCUUUUACUGUGGGAAAACCAGUGUGGGCACCAGUGGGAGUGCUUGGCUCCUCCUUCCAGGUUAGAGCUGUGAAAAAGGGCUGCGGUUCACAGGCUUCUGCUUUAUUACAGUUUAAGAAGCUGUGUAACUCUCCAAAUCCCAUUGCUUUUUUGAUAAAUAAGAUAACCAGAGUUGGAGCAUGCAACAUUGGGACUUGGAUAAUGACUAAAGCUUAGUGAUGCAUAAGGAAUUUUAGAAGAUUUUGGUGCUGCUCUUCCUGUCGGUAGAAAGAAUUGGACUGGCUGCCCCAGUUAAGCUAUUAGAAAUACAGUGAACACUGCUACUAUCUGAGCCUCUGUAAUUUGUGUGGUUUAAAACAAAACUUGCAUAUGUGUUAAUUUUGAAUUUAAAAUUGAAAAACCUAGACAAGCCUCACAUCUCAAUAAUGUCUGUUUUGAAAGUUAACAGUUAAUUUUCUUCACUGUAGUUUGCUUUUGAAAAUACUAUAUAGGACAGGUUUUAUUUUAAACAUUUAGUUACUGUAUGACACCAGUUGUUCUGGCCUUCCUUAGAAGAUUGAGUCCUUCACAGUGCAAUCUUCAGGAAAGUGCAUAAGCUACAAGCACUGCUGACAGCCACGUGACGUGUUUCCUUGGGUAGUUUGUGAUGCUGGCAGGCAGGCAGUCAUUGUGCUGGAGUUUUGUUUCUAGCAUCAAGACUGAGCAGUUCUAGGGGUGUUACACCCAUAGCCCCCAUGUUGAGAGUGGUACAGCUACUUAGAUAACAAAGCUGUAAAACAUGUUGUAGUAUGGUAAAACAGAUUUCAUUUACAAAAAAAGAAAAGCUAACUUUGAAAUGCAAAUUGGUUUGGAAAAUGUAUUGAGAACUUUGUAUUAUGGAAGCGUGAAUUGCUUUUAAGUUUGUCAGUAUUAUUGGUCUUUUUAAAUAAAGGAUAAUUUUUUUCUCCA